AUUUUUCUCUGUAUUGCAGGAGAUGAAAGAAUUUAUUUAAGCUCGGACAGCAUUGAUCCAUCUGAUACAGGAUCUGUUAAUGAUCAGGCUCUCACUCCAGAAUUUCUCAACACUAUCAAAGCAUCAGGUUUACCAAAUCAUAAUCUCCGGUUGAAGAUUGGAUGCCCUGUGAUGUUGUUGAGAAAUAUUGAUCAUGAUGGAGGACUGAUGAAUGGGACAAGGUUGCAGAUUAUAGAUAUGUAUGAAUUUUGUGUGAAGGCCAGAGUUAUUACAGGAACUCAAGUUGGGAAAAUUAUACUGCUUCCUAGAUUGUCCAUUACACCUUCAGACAAGAAGUUGCCAUUCAAGAUGAGAAGAAGGCAACUGCCAAUUGCUGUGGCUUUUGCUAUUACCAUUAAUAAAAGUCAAGGACAGUCUCUCUCAGAAGUUGGAAUAUUUCUACCUAGACCAGUUUUUUCUCACGGGCAACUCUAUGUUGCUAUAUCUAGAGUCACAUCCAAAAAAGGUUUGAAAAUCUUGAUUGUUGACGAGGAUGGAAAGCCUCAGAAACAAACCAAAAAUAUUGUUUUUAAAGAGAUUUUCCAAAAUCUCUAAUUUUAGAAGUUUAAAGACUAUUAUAUACUGAUGUUUUAAUGAAGAGACUUGCUUUUAUUUCUCAACUUUACGUGUUUGAUUGUGCUACAAAAUAAAUGCUCUGGACCUUUAGGAAAAGUUUUGAGCAUAAAAUAACAAUUUACGUUUUACAGAGUGACCAUCUAUGGUUGUUUAUUCUUCUAUCAAAAACAGCAUAGAAACAAUAUAAUUAUAUUAUAAUGUCUAUAUCAAUAUCUAGCAAUAGCAGUAUAGAGUACUAAUACGU